UGGUGGUUUCAGGAUGGUUGAAAUCCAAGUUGGCAAACAAGACAUCAGAAAUGAAGAUAAGUUAAGUGUGUCUGAUGUUUCGGUUGAAGUAGCAACGGUUGACUCAAAGUUAGCAAAACCACUAAACCACAGAAGACCAAAACGAAAAACAAAAUCAAGGAAAAAAUACAGGAAGAAAUUCAACCCAUGGAAUUUUCAAAAUGUUGCUGCACUUUCCAUUGUAUUGGUGGUUUUCUUUGUCAUAUCCAUGUGGACCCUUCUUUGGUAUUUUGUUUUGCGACCAGAAAACAGCAGUGUGGUGUUCUUUGCAGCACUGUUUCGGAUUGCCAAUGUUGAAUUCAUUCCCGAAUACAGGCAAAAAGAAUCUAGAGAAUUUGCAUCCAUGUCACAAAACAUUGAAGUUGUGGUAAAUAAUGUUUACAGAAAAUCUGCUGUCUCCAAGAUGUACAAGCAUUCAGUUCUCUCUGAUUUAAGCAGUAACAACAAUGGUGGAAUUCUAGUUUAUAUAUGGAUGAUUUUUGUGAUCCCAAAAGCAAAGAAACAAUAUGCAUGUGAGGACUGCGUGGGGGUCAUUUUAAAGGAUUCCAUUCAGAUGAGUCUUGUUAAUCGGACUUCAGUUGGUUAUCUUUAUGACCUCCCAGUAGACUUUGACUCCAUUGUUGUUAAUGUUGCAACAAAAUCAGAUUACAUCGGUACCAGAUCAGAGUUCAAAUGUUCAAAUGACUGGUAUGCAGAACAACAAGGUGUAAAUAUUUAUCUGUCUGCAACUGCAAGCUCAGGAAAAACAAAUUGCCAUAUCAAACUGUUUGCUCUACCAGGCUUCCUGAUUCACCUCUCCAUCGAAUCCAUUGACAUUGAGGCAAAUGACUGUGUUGAAGAUGCCUUAAUUGUCUACGACUCUCUAAUGCCAAUUAGAAGCAAAGUUUUGUAUAAGAUCUGUGAACCCUUUAAUUCUUCUACAAUGUCCUUUGUUUCAACUGGAAAUGUGAUGUACCUAUCCUUCAAAUCAACUCUCGGGAAGGAAGGAUUUACUGGGAAUUUUGCAGCAAUUCCACAAGAGCGAUGCGGCAACAUCUUAGCAACUCAGAAUGCAUUGGACUAUGAAGGAUAUAUUAAAAGCCCAUAUUUUCCAAGCUUUUAUCCUCCAAAAUGUAACUGCACUUGGGGUUUUCAGACUCCCCGAACAAACUUGGGUAUUGCUCUUAAGUUCUACAACUAUGAGCUAAAAGAAAAGAGUUUAAGGGGCUGUGACCAUGGAUGGUGGAAAAUCAAUGAAAAAAUAUACUGUGGAAGUUAUGUAGAUUACCAGACAAUAUUUUACAUUGCAAGCUCAAAGAAUGAAAUUGAAUUUCAAUGCAGUUCAAAGCUGUCUGAUCCCCCAUUCAAGGCACAGUAUGCAAGUUACAACAUAAAUAAACCUUGUCCAGGUGAUCAUUUUUUAUGCUCAACGGGAUUAUGUAUUGAAAUCUCUCAGCACUGCAAUGGUGUAGAUGACUGUAAUGAUGAGAGUGAUGAAGUUUUUUGCUCAACACCUUUAAAAGUAUGCAACUCUUCAAAUUAUCAGCAUCCCUAUUUUGCAUGCAAUGGAAUAAGGGAUUGUGAAGAUGGUGCAGAUGAAACGAACUGUACUAUGGUUGUGCCUUGUACAAAUAUCACUUACAAAUGCAAAAACAAUAUGUGUAUACGAAAGAGAAAUGCAAAAUGUGAUGGGGUUUCUGACUGCCUUGACAAUAGUGAUGAAAGUAAUUGUGGCUGUGGCAGUAAAUCACAAGGGAAGAGCCGAAUUGUUGGUGGUGCCAAUGCAGACGAUGCAGAGUGGCCCUGGCAGGUCAGCCUUCAUUUUUCAGGAACUCUAUACUGUGGAGCAUCAGUCAUCAGUAAAGAAUGGCUUCUGUCUGCAGCCCACUGCUUUGGCACUGAAAAGUUGUCUGAUCCUCGGCCUUGGCUAGCAUAUCUUGGAAUGCGAGUUCAAGGAAAUCCAAAAUUUUUUUCAGAAAUACGCAGGAUUGUUGUUCAUGAAUACUACAAUUCGAGAAGCUUUGACUAUGAUAUUGCACUGCUACAGUUGAAAAACACUUGGCCUAAGUCUCUCAAUUCAGUGAUACAGCCGAUUUGUAUCCCAUCUAUUAUUCAAUCAGUGCAGUCUGGGGACAAGUGCUGGGUGACAGGCUGGGGAAAGAAGUCAGAAGGAGAUAGUGAAAGCCCAUCAAUACUACAAGAAGCUGAAGUGGAAAUUGUUAGCCAGACAGUAUGUCGAAUGAGGUAUGGUCCUCUAUCCUCACGUAUGAUUUGUGCUGGAGUGGCUUCAGGAAAAAAAGAUGCAUGUCGGGGUGACUCUGGAGGUCCACUAUCAUGUCCAGAGAAAAAUGGUGGAAAGUGGUUUUUAAUAGGCAUUGUUAGUUGGGGUGUAGGUUGUGGAAGACCUAAUCUUCCUGGUGUGUAUACAAGAGUAUCAAAAUUUGCUUCCUGGAUUCAAAAUUAUGUCGUCUAA